CCAUCGCUCUUAACUCUCUCUCCGCUUGUGUUUCAAAGAGGCAUCCCCCGCCGCCUCCGUCUCCAUCCUUUACCCACGCCACUCCUCCCGUGCUUAGUGUAUCCCUCUCCCUCCACCCCUCCUCCCCUCGAGGUUCUCCCAUGGGCCACACCCCAAUCUACAAGUUCAUCCCCAUUUAAUUAGUGCACCAAUUGUUGGGCCCUUUCCUUCAGUCCCGGGCCCCAUCGUCCACUCCAAAAAUCAGACGAGCUUCGCACAUUGACAAUUGCCCAAUCAAUCAUGGCGCCCACGGUCAGCCUGGUGCUGGGCGGUCUCGCUGCUACCUACGUCUUCCUCCGGGUUUUGCUAACCCUCACCCAGGAUGCCCGGGAACCCCCGGCCAUCCUGACCGACAUCCCAUUUGUGCAGCCCUUGAUUGGCAUGAUUCGGGAGAAGGCGGGCUUCUACAUCCGCCUAAGAGACGAAACACGGCUGCCCAUCUACACCCUGCGGCUGCCCUUCCAGCGCAUCUACGUGGUCAAUGCCACCGAGCUCAUCCCCGUGCUGCAGAAGCAAUGGCGCGUCAUCAGCUUUGCGGCCAUCGCGGCCGACGCGGGCAACGUGGUGGGCAUCAGCAAGGAGGGUCUCGAGAUCAUGAAGCGCGAUCUCACGAGCGAGCACGGCUUCAGCACGAGCUGGCCCCGCUACAUCAUGCCGACCAUGGCGCCCGGCCCGGACCUCGACGCCAUCAACCGGCGCGCCAUCGAGAUCUACGUCGACGAGAUGGCCCGGCUGAGGGCCCGGGCGGCGGGGGAGGAGGGGCAGCCCGGCAAGGUGGUCGUCGGCCUGUGGGAGUGGACGCGCCGCAUGAUGGUCGACUCGACCACCGAGGCCGUCUGGGGUCCCGAGAACCCGUACCGCGACCCGGCCGUGGCCGACGCCUGGAAGACGUUUGAGGCCGGCUUCCUGACCAUGUCCAUGUUCCCGCUCGCCUGGCUCCUGUUCCCCAAGCUGCACGCCGCCCGCGAGGUGGCCGCCCGCGCCAUGAUCGACUACAUGCGCCGCGGCGGCUACAAGACGGCCUCGGGCCUCGUCCGCCGCCGCGUCGAGCACCACUGCGACCUCUUCGGCCUCUCUCUCGACGACGUCGGCCGCGGCGAGCUGGGCAACACCUUCGCCGUCCUCGGCAACACCACCCCCUGCGCCCUCUGGGUCCUCUACCAGAUCGUGUCGGACGACCGGGUGCUGGCCGACGUCCGCGCCGAGCUGGAGGCCCUGGUCGAGGAAGAGGUGGUGGAGGGGGAGGAGGAGGAGGCGGAGGACGGCCCAACGCUCGUAAGCUCCAUCGACCUGGCCCGGAUCAAGGAGUCCUGCCCGGUCCUGCUCAGCACCUUCCAGGAGACGCUCCGGUUCCGCGCCGUCAACCCGGGCCCGCGCGUCCUGCUCGAGGACGUCUCGCUCGACGGCGGCCGCACCCUGCUCAAGAAGGGCGCCAUGCUCAUGAUCCCCGCCCCCGUGCAGCACACCGACACGGACGCCUGGGGCGACGACGCGCGCCAGUUCGACCACCGCCGGUUCGCGCCGCCCUCCGCGGGGGACGGCGGCGGCAGCGCCCAGGGGAACAACAAGAAGAGGAAGAAGCCGAACCGGGUCGCCUUCCGGGCCUUUGGCGGCGGCCACGUGCUGUGCCCCGGUCGCCACUUCGCCAGCACCGAGAUCCUCUCGCUGGCCGCCCUGCUGGUCCUCCAGUUCGACGUCGUCCCCGUCGCCGGCCGCUGGGUCGAGCCCACCUGGGACAACUCGCCCGCCCAGGCCGGAUUCCCCGUCAUCGACCAGGACAUACCCGUCGAGCUGCGCCCCCGCGACCCCCGCCGGAAGUGGCGCGUCGUCUACUCGGGCUCCGACAAGGCCAUGAACAUCGUCGCCGAGGACAUCUCGGCCGGCGGCCGGGGCGCCCUCUGAGAACGGGGACAGGCCAUCUUCCUUUCCUCCUGCCCUGGUCUUGUGUACUACUACGCAUUCGUUGCUGCUAUGCGUCUUGGGUGCUCUGUGUACCAUACUUGGAAUGAAAAAUAAUUAAUCAUCACCUGUUUAUUUCGUAUUUCUUUUUUCAAAAAAAUUUGAGACCGGGACAGGUUCAAACGUAAUCCAGAGACCUGUUUGCGGCUUCCAC